GACUGAGGUCAUUUGGAAGGAAACCCAGCCGCUCUCUUCUCGUCCGGCUUUCUCUGCCCAUUAGUUGAGUCAACUGCUGCGUUGAAAGAGUGAAGGGACUUUCUUUUAACAAGGCUUCUUCCCCAAAACAAUUUCUCAACAACAUGACCUCUAAUUCCAAUUUAUCCAACAUGCGGCGUCUGGUGGAACAACUGAAGCUUGAGGCCAGUGUGGAACGAAUCAAGGUGUCCCAGGCGGCUGCAGAGCUGCAGCAGUACUGUCUGCAGAACGCGGGCAAAGACGCCCUGCUGGUGGGAGUCCCCACAGGCAGCAACCCCUUCAGGGAGCCCCGCUCCUGUGCUGUCGUGUGAAGAGGAAGAAGAAGUGGACACAUCUGUGACAUCUCACCCACUGAAGAUUAUGUUUAUUUUUUUAGGCCAUUUUUUAACUAUAUUUUAAUGUUUUUUAAGAGAAACUUUUUGAUUAUUUUCAAAUAAAUGUCUUGUUUUACCACA